UAGGACUCAAGCCAGCUUUUUCGCGACCGCUGCUGGUAGUGUAAUACAUGCCCCAAGAAAGCGACACAUAGUUCCCCGCAGCUUCUCAUUUCCCACUCCAACAGUACGCCAUGGGACCUAGGGUUUCCGAAGACAAUGAGCAAGGCGAAUCGUUACUACCAACUGAUGAAAAGGAGACGAAAUGGCUAGAUGGAAACUACCAACAAAUCUCCAAAUAUCAAUGGGUCGGUAUAAUUUGUCUAGUUGCAGUAUCACUUGGUCUCGGAUAUCUUUUAGGAUGGACUCAGGGGAAAGGUACCAGCCGAGCUCAAUACGGGCUCCCCAUGCCCCCGGGGCUAGUUCACACGACCUGGGAACAUAACUUGACGUUCACUCAAAAGCCCACACCAGAAUCCGAGGCAGCAUGGGCUUCUAUCAUUCCGAUAGGGAGGGGCUUCAUACACCACGCUCAGUUGGCACCAUUUAUAUCUAACAUCGCUGUAUUCCACGAGCUACACUGUCUGCAUGCCAUCGUCGUCGCAUACUACGACGCCCUCGAAAGCUCCUCCAUGGUGAACUCAACCGACAUACCCGACUUCGACAACGAGACCUCUACGCGGAUCGCUCCGUUCCAUAUACGACAUUGCUUUGACUACAUCAGACAGGCUCUUAUGUGCGCGGCGGAUACGAACCUGGAAGUGUUGGACCGCGAGACACACCUCACGAAUGGAUGGGGCCAGCCGAAGCAAUGUCGGGAUUAUGAACAAGUUGUUGCCUGGGCAGAGCUGUAUGCCAACUCGUCUGAUACGGGAAUUGUUACGUAGUUCUUUUAGAAACUUGAGCCUUAAAUUGACGUUGGACUUGAAUAAUUCAUCACCUGCGAGAUGUCUACCUCAAACUUGACCAGGUACAUGCAGCUUUGUGCGAUCUCAUUCAUCUUCUGCAAACUGAGAAUAAUCCGCCGCGUCAACCUUCCUUUGCCUUGCCCAAUGAUCCAGCGCAUACCAAUCGACACAUUCAUUGUCUGUGUACACCCUCGAUGUCGGCACUCCGUCUCUCCAGAAGAAGGUUCCCAGAGUAGUGUCUCCUCGACACAUCACGGACUGUCUCCAAUAUUCAAGGCAAUGAUCUAUUCACAGUCAAUACUGCUUACUCACAAUAG